GCCUGUGUGGAAGUGCCGUGCGGAUUUCGAUUUAAAAGAUACAACUUUUCGGGCUCCACAAACAAAUACAUAAUUAUAUAUAUAUAUGUUAGUACAUAUACAUAUAUAUAUAUAUAUAUACGAAUUUUUGCACAGCUAAACGGCAUAACGAGUUUCUGCGGUGUGAAUUAACAAAAGAAAACAGCAAAAAAGCAAUCAAAGUUGGAAGUCGCAAAUAAAAAAAAUCAAGACAAGUGCAAAUAAACUUUAAAAAAAGGAAAAUUAAAACUCGAAUUAAAUCAAAAACGAAUCGAAGCUACAGCUUGGAGUGAGACUUAAACGAAUUAACGCGACGUGAAGUGCAAAAUUUUGUAUAAAUAAAAAACCAACAUGGCCUGGGGCUAUUGGUCCGCCACGACUGUGGAUCGUGGGCGAUCGCCGCGUCGCUUGACUCAAUGUGCACCACUUCCGGUCAAUAUAGUGCAGCAGGAGGAGGAAGAGGAACAGCCCUGCUUGCCACAGCAACAACAGCAGCAACAACAGCAGUCCCAGCAGCAACAACAAUCGCAGACAUGUCCUAGCACACCAUCGGCCAAUCAGCAGGGCAGUGGCAAUCUCUGCUACAGCCCCACCUGUCGAUCCCGUUGCUCUAGUCCUUGUCCAGGAUCUCCGUGCGGUUCUAUUACACCGCCACCACCGCCGCUGCUUACAUCCUCGCAGCAGCACCUGCACUCCAAUAAGAAUUGCCCAGCAGCCCAACAGCUGAUGUCACAUUUGGAUUAUGCGGCAAGGAGACAAUCGUUGGAUCAGCUGGACAGUCCACAGUCCAAGUACUUUGACAUUCAGGCCAACCAGCUGUCGGACAUCAUGUGCCGCGGUGCGGUGGUCAGUUCCAUACAAUCGGCGAAUAACACAUUGACCCGAGGCGUAUCGAUGCACAGCCGGAGUGGCAGUGCCCAUGGGAGUCACCAUGGCAGUCACCAUAGUCACAGUCAUCAUGGCAGUGCCCAUGGAUCGCUGGGCUGUUUGCAGGGCGGCGUGGGAGUAGGAGUGGGUACUGGAAGUACAGGAAGCAUUGGCAUGAUGUCGGCUGGUCACAUUGAUACGGGGGACUAUGAUGUCCCACAUCCGCAUCCGUAUACCCAUCACUAUAUGCAGACAACGGCAUCGGUGACCCCGCCACAUACGUCCCUCAGUCGACCAGGAUCGGCGGGUGCCGUGUGCCAGGGUCAUGACUCUGGAUCGGAUUCUAGUCAAGGUUGCGGUGGAUCGAUUAUGGGCGGCAUGCUGGUCAUGGGACAUCCGGGGCACAUGGGUAGCUUGGGGCACCACAGUGCCGGCAGUGGAUCGCUGGGCAGGUGCUCAAGUAGAUGCCACAAUACGAACACAACAACGACGGAUGAUUCGGGCGGUGGCAGCAGUGGUGGUGGAGCACCUGGCACCAUGGGCAGUGGCUCCAUGGCCGUGGGAAUGCCGGGAAUGCUGAUGGACUAUCAUCACAGUCACCACAGUGGCAGUGCCGGCAGUGGUCUAAAUGGUUGCGGAGGAGGUAGCAUCGCUGGUGGGAGCAUCGGUGGUAGGAGCAGCGUCUUGGGCACCAUUCACAACGGGCAUGGACACCAUCAUCAGCAGUAUCACCACGAGUGCAUCCACUAUGAACGGCUGCCUAUACCCGUGCCCAUACCCACUGUGCCCAUGGGCGUGGCACAGCCCUCGCAGCAGAUGUCGCAGCAUCAGCUACAAUCGGAGGAGGAAAUAGAGCCGGCCUAUGCGACAGUAUUCCCAAAUGUUCCUCAAGCGCCGGGAUUGUCUUGCGAUGGAGAAGAUCGCAGCAUCUAUCGACGUGGUGCUAGACGUUGGCGCAAGUUGUAUCGCGUUAACGGACACAUCUUCCAGGCCAAGCGUUUCAACCGGCGUGCUUUCUGUGCCUAUUGCCAGGAUCGUAUCUGGGGCCUGGGCCGACAGGGUUUCAAGUGCAUCCAGUGCAAGCUGUUGGUGCACAAGAAGUGCCAUAAGCUAGUGCAGAAGCACUGCACCGACCAGCCGGAGCCGCUGGUCAAGGAGCGGGCAGAGGAGUCUAGUGACCCAAUGCCAGUACCGCUGCCACCACUUCCUUACGAAGCCAUGAGUAGUGGAGCCGAUGCCUGCGAGUCGCACGAUCAUGCGCACAUAGUGGCGCCACCGCCGCCAGAAGAUCCCUUGGAGCCGGGCACUCAGCGUCAAUAUUCGCUGAAUGACUUCGAGCUGAUACGGGUCAUUGGACGCGGAAGUUAUGCCAAGGUGCUGAUGGUGGAGCUGCGACGCACACGGCGCAUUUACGCCAUGAAGGUGAUCAAGAAGGCACUGGUCACCGACGACGAGGACAUCGACUGGGUGCAGACGGAGAAGCAUGUAUUCGAGACGGCCUCGAAUCAUCCGUUUUUGGUGGGACUGCACUCGUGCUUCCAGACGCCCUCACGGCUCUUCUUCGUGAUCGAGUUUGUGCGCGGUGGUGAUUUGAUGUACCACAUGCAACGGCAGCGUCGUCUGCCUGAGGAGCAUGCCCGCUUCUAUGCGGCCGAGAUUAGUUUGGCGCUGAACUUCCUUCACGAGAAGGGCAUCAUCUAUCGUGAUCUGAAGCUGGACAACGUUUUGCUGGAUCACGAGGGUCACAUCAAGCUGACGGAUUACGGCAUGUGCAAGGAAGGCAUACGAUCUGGGGACACCACUUCCACGUUCUGCGGCACACCCAACUACAUAGCCCCAGAGAUCCUGAGGGGCGAGGACUACGGUUUCUCGGUGGACUGGUGGGCACUUGGUGUCUUGCUCUACGAAAUGCUGGCCGGGCGUAGUCCGUUUGAUCUGGCUGGCGCUUCUGAAAAUCCCGAUCAGAACACUGAGGACUAUCUGUUCCAAGUGAUCCUGGAGAAGACCAUUCGUAUUCCCCGCUCGCUGAGUGUUCGUGCGGCCUCCGUCUUGAAAGGUUUCCUCAACAAGAAUCCCGCUGACCGUUUGGGCUGCCACCGGGAGUCCGCUUUCAUGGAUAUCGUCAGCCAUCCGUUCUUCAAGAAUAUGGAUUGGGAAUUGAUAGCACAAAAGGAGGUGCAACCGCCUUAUAUACCAAACCUAGACACUGGCGAUCCCUAUGUGACAAGCAACUUUGAUGUGCAGUUUACCCAAGAACCGGCUGUACUAACGCCAGACGAUCCUCAUGUCAUUGAUAAUAUCGAUCAAUCCGAGUUCGAGGGCUUUGAGUAUGUGAACCCCUUGCUGAUGUCUCUGGAGGAUUGCGUCUGACACCACGAAAUGUGCGACUUACAUCCGUAUAAUAUGCGGGUCUAUGGCGAGGAUUCCAGUGAUUACGAUUCCGUGGCUGAUGAUUUGAGUCUCCUGCAUUUGAACAGCGCAGCGGGAGCUGGUGGAUCAGUCAGUAGCAAUAACAAUCUCAGCCAG